CUAGAGCCAUUAUUGCACCCCAUGCAGGAUACACAUACUGUGGGGCUUGUGCUGCCCAAGCUUACAAACAAGUGGAUCCAUCUGUUACCCGGAGAAUUUUCAUCCUUGGGCCUUCCCAUCAUGUGCCCCUGUCUCGAUGUACUCCAGUGUGUAUAUAUAUAUAUCCUCUGUAGGACCUUUGUAUUGACCAAAAGAUUUACAGAGAGCUACGGAAGACAGGAAUGUUUGAACGCAUGUCUCUGCAGACAGAUGAAGCCGAACACAGUAUUGAAAUGCAUUUGCCUUAUACAGAUAAAGUCAUGGAAGGGUCAUAGGUCCCGUUACAGUUACUAUGACGAAUCCCAGGGGGACAUUUACAGAUCCAUCGAACAUCUAGAUAAAAUGGGUAUGAGUAUUAUAGAACAAUUAUAUCCUGUAACUUUUAGCAAUUAUUUGAAGAAAUACCAUAAUACUCUAUGUGGAAGCCAUCCCAUUGGGAUGUUAUUAAAUGCUAUCACAGAGCUUCAGAAGAGUGGAAUGACUAUGAGCUUUUCCUUUUUGAAUUGUGCCCAGUUGAGCCAGUGUAGAAGCUGGCAGGACAGUUCAGUCAGUUACGCAGCUGGAGCACUCACGGUCCACUGAAGCUCCGAUCCUCAGGGAUGCCACCUGCACAGACUCGUGCUCUGUCCAGGGUCCAGCCUAGCCUUUACCAAGG